GUCUGGCCGGCCGGGGUCGGGCCCAGGUCGCCACGGUAGCCCCAGUCGCCGCCCGAGUGCGGUAGUGAUAGGUCACGACUCACGAGGUCGACACAGUGCACGUCUGGCUCACAGUUCACACCUCAAACACAGCCAUGCUGUCGCUGUUGACCUUGACCCUAGUGGUUGGGUCGGUCAUAGGUCAACUCCGUGACCGACCCGACUACAGUGAUCUUCCGGGGCGCUACUGCGAGCGACGAGGAACCGUCCGAGGAGACUGUUGUCCGCAACGUCUGGACGACUGCAGCCGACCCAUCCGAGAUACACUCUGCUACUGUGACGAGUUCUGUGACCGCGGCGCGUCUGGGGACUGCUGUCCCGACUACUUCACAUUCUGCCUCGGGGAAAUACCGUCAGAACCUCUAAGACUGUCAUGCCAGUUCAGAACGGACAAAAUUCUUCCCGGCAACACUGUGCAAAACAACUGCAAUACUUGCAAAUGCGAGCAAGUAAGCGAAAAUGAGACGAGGCUGAUGUGUGAGACUCAACAGUGUCUGGUUCAGGAGGACCUCAUCCAGGACAUCAAUUACAACAGCGCAUACGGCUGGACGGCCUCCAACUACUCCCAGUUCUGGGGCCGGAAGCUCAACACUGGACUCAAAUAUCUUCUCGGCACCAACUAUCCCAACGAUUUGAUCACCCAAAUGUACCCGGUGACGAAGAUUUACGACCCUCGUGAGCUGCCCCGCUCGUUCGACGCGCGCGACAAGCGCGAGUGGUCCGGUCUAAUUGGUCCAGUCCAGGACCAGGGGUGGUGCGGCGCCUCGUGGGCCUUCUCCACUGCGUCCACCGCGGCAGAUCGCGUGGCAAUCCAGAGCCCUGAGCGGCGCCGGGUGCACCUCAGUGAGCAGAACAUCAUUGAUUGUGGCUACCUACGGAGAGACGGCUGCGAGGGUGGAAACCUGGACCGCGCCUGGAACUACCUCAGAAGAUACGGAGUGGCCGAGGCCGAGUGCUACCCGUAUGAGUCCGGGAGCACCCAGACCAAAGGCACGUGCCGCACUCCGCGCCGUUCGAGGAGCCCGCACGAGCUCACGUGCACGAACGGCACGAGGGUGUCGCUGGGCCGGCGGGACAUGAUCGGGAUGCAGCCACCCUACCGAAUCGCCAGCGAGGAGCAGGACAUCAUGCACGAGCUGUACCACAGCGGACCCGUCCAAGCGAUCAUGCAGGUGCACGAGGACUUUUUCGCGUACCGCACGGGCGUGUACCGCGUGACCGGCCUGCGCUCCUCGUCUCGUACCGCGUACCACUCGGUACGCAUCCUCGGCUGGGGAGAGGAGACGGGCGACCGUGGCCAGCAGGUCAAGUACUGGAUCGUGGCCAACUCCUGGGGACGCCAGUGGGGCGAGGACGGCCUCUUCCGUAUUGUCCGUGGCAAGAACGAGGCUGACAUCGAAAGCUUCGUGGUCGGCUCGUGGGCCAAGCCGCGCCGCGGCGGACGCCGCCGUUCCCGCGGCUACGCCAGCUACCGGCGUAGUCGCCGCCACCACUCGCGUAGUGAGCGGGCACGCGCCAAGCGUCAUCACACUGUCAAGGAGUAGGAAGAGGAAGGCGAGAGAGCUACCUCCAACAGGGGCCGUGAAGAAGAGAGUCGAUCUGGCCCAGACACUUCUGUGACGCUGCGUGAAACGAGGUAGAACGAAGAAGCGAACAACUUUCCGGAAGUUAACAAGCCGGAAGUACACCGGAAGUGAACAACAAAUUGACCGGAAUUAGUCCGGAAGGAGGCCGGUAGCUGGUCAAAAUUGAGCAGGAGUGGAGGAAAAAUCUAGAAUGAGAGAUAAUAAUUUACUAAAACUGUUUCCCUCUGUUAGGUGCUAAAAAGCGGACGGUUAUGCUGCAUGAAAUGUGAUGGACGUUGUGCUGAGUGUAAGGCGGCUAUUGCUUGACAGAUGCUAGCUGAUGCAAAAGCUGCUGAGAGGGUCACACAAGUAUGACUAUUGACUACUGGCAUCAGGUGUGAAUCCUUCCGUCAGAUUGAAUUAAUCCACUCUACUUUUUCUCUUGCCAGCAGCAUGUGUGAAGUGCAUAACACCGCGUCCCAUUUUUUUUUUUCAGCGAAAGUUGAAGAAAAUGGGACGGAAUCGUGAAACACUUCAGCUAGCUUACAUGAUUGAUUGUUAUCGGUAAAUAACUCAUCGGUUCACUCAAGGCGCAUUAUGGUCAAUUGUGCGACAGUUAAAAAUGACUCUUGAAUUAUUUUUACAUCUCAUGCCUCUAUUGGAUUUGUUAUGAAAACGUAAAUUUGUGUCUAAUUUUCUGCUGAUUUUUAUUUCAAACUUGCCAGUACAGCAGACUGUCGCGCCAUUGUCGCUUGAACAGGCCAGUGUGAAUAGGCCCUUUGGGAAGUGUGAUGGAACUGAAAGUGAAAGUGACUACGCGCAUACCCGUCUGUUGAAUGUCUUGAGAUGCUUGGGCUGUAUUUUUCUGUUGUUCCUGUUGUAGUCGAGUGUUUUUAAUACGACCGCUUUAUAACACCAAGUACUCAGCAUAGUGGAGCUCUUGCUUUUUUAGAAAUAGGCACGAGCUGAAAGGAGCUUUACGAAGUUAACACCUAGACCCCGGGCUUUAAAGCGGAUGUCGCGAGAGAUAGAUCAUUUAUGUCUCUCACUUUAGAGAGCUGAGCGGAUUUAGCAUUCAAACUGACAGUUCUGUCAAAGUUAACGCCGUCUGUCAGUUUCAACGACGCAUUGAGAUAAACAGAGCUAUGAUUUUUCUAAAGUUAUAGAAGUUUGUGAGUGGAAUUUGUGAAAGCUAGGCAAUAAAGGACAAUAAGGAAGGGAGAGAGAGAGAGAGAGAGAGAGAGAGAGAGAGAGAGAGAGAGAGAGAGAGAGAGAGAGAGAGAGAGAGAGAGAGAGAGAGAGAGAGAGAGAGAGAGAGAGAGAGAGAGAGAGAGAGAGAGAGCGUGCUCCAGGUGCUUUGAUACGUUUUCUAUGUUACACCACUCGUCUUUAGCCCCCUCCCCUGUUGUUUUUUUCGUGUGCCUGCCUAUUGUUAUCCCUCACCUGAGUCUGGUAACCCUCUGCUGCUAUACCUGCCGCUGUGCGGAUUUCUCGAAUGCCGACUCCGCCAGCUCUCCGUGAAUAACGUGCCAAAAUACACGGGACGCUCGAAGCCGGGCGGUGGCCCUCCUGACGCGGCCAGACGCCCAGUUGGCCCGACCCGGCCGGCAUAUGAAGGAUGCGACCCGUGUCCCAUUCUGCCCGUCGCGCUAUGACAGGGACAGCGCCGCGGCUCUCGCCCGCGUCAAGGUCCGCCCUGUCAUGAGCCAGAUAGCGGCCGCGCCACGGUCGUCUCCGCUGCGCCGCGGUUGUCUCGCCGCUCAGCUGACGCGCUGUGUUUGCCCGCGGCGCGCUGCACUGCCAGGCGAGUUGUAACACUGCCAUUACUGUUUAACCGUGUGCUUGGCCGGCCUGCGUGCUGAUACAGGGACGACAUGGCGGACAAUAAAGCUCUUCUGUUG